CACUAGGGAAACCGCAGCAACUAGAAUGUAGUCGAUUUUCUGCGCUCUCCAUGUUGAAACAGAGCAACUUCUCCUCCGGCAGACUCCAACCGUCCGUCCGUCCCCCACCACCCAGCUGGUACCACAUCGCCCUGCUAUGACACUUGACUGGGAAGAGAUUUGCGAAACUGUAUGAGUGCUGACUCAACAAACGGUGAGACUGGUGGCUCCAACACAGGCCUCUGAAUGCUGUUGCUCCUGCAGUUCAGGUGAAAGGACAAGCAAGUUGUCAGGAUGAAGGAGGAGAAUUUGCUCCAACGGAGGCUUUCCCUUUGCCCUAGCACCACCUCUCCCCCUAAAAUUGACCCCCGGACCCUUACCCGGAACUUGUCUUAUGGAGGAGACAAUGACAUCUACAACUUCAGUCCAGGCAGUGAGACAGACAAGAACGCUCUCUCCGUGCUGAGUGGUGAACUUAGUCCUGCCCAAUCACCAGACAGCAAGUCUGAGUCCAGGAUGUUUAAUGGCGUUGAAAAGGACUGCCCCUCCCCCACCGAGAAGCUGGCUCGGAAAGAGUCUCUCAAGGUACAAAAGCAAAAUUAUCGACAAGAGAAGAAACGGGCAGCUAAGGAGCUCUCCACUGCACUGAAGGACCCCAGUGUUGUCGUCAUGUCCGAUUGGCUCAAGAUCCGCGGUUCUUUAAAGAGUUGGACCAAGUUGUGGUGUGCCUUAAGGCCUGGUGUGCUGUUGAUCUAUAAGACACCUAAAACGGACCACUGGGUGGGCACCAUCCUCCUUAGCGCAUGCAAGCUGAUCGAGAGACCCUCCAAGAAAGAUGGCUUCUGCUUCAAGCUCUACCACCCGCUGGAGAAAUCCAUCUGGGCUGUCAAGGGUCCAAAAGGAGAAAAUGUCGGUUCUAUUACGCAGCCUUUACCCAGCAACUACCUGAUCUUCAGAGCUGCGUCUGAGUCUGAUGGCCGGUGCUGGAUGGAUGCCCUGGAACUGACUCUAAGCAGUUCCAGUCUCUACAAGAUGACUCCCAAAGCUGGAAAAGAGGGUGAAAUCAGCAUGACUUCAGAGUCUUCACAUAUACUCCAGCUCCUGCAGUCUUCUCCACUCACCGACACAGAGCUGCAACAGUUGAAUGAGACGUCCCUGCUUGGCAAUAACAUGGAGCAUGACGGCUCGUCAGACAAAUCGGAGCGCGAGACCCAUGACGACUGGGACACCACGGGCAAUGAUAACGGUGGAAGGCUGACGGAGGAGAGCGACAUGGAGCAGUCAGACGAGAUGUCCCUUGGGCCACCAGCUACCGCUUAUGUGGAGCAGAGCGCAGAGGAGAUAACUGAGGCUGGUGAAUUUUCCCAAGUUGAGACUGUAUCAGAGGAGAAUAAGGGCUUAAUCUGGACCCUGCUGAAGCAGCUACGACCGGGCAUGGACCUGUCAAAGGUGGUGCUGCCGACCUUCAUCCUGGAACCGCGUUCCUUCCUGGAUAAGCUGUCUGACUACUAUUAUCACGCUGAUCUGCUUUCACAGGCUUCACUAGAAGAGAGUGCAUAUGGUCGGAUCAAGCAGGUGCUGAGAUGGUAUUUGUCUGGCUUCUACAAAAAGCCCAAGGGUCUGAAAAAGCCUUACAAUCCAAUCCUGGGGGAGACGUUUCGCUGCUGCUGGCUUCAUCCUCAGACAGACAGCUGCACAUUCUACAUAGCAGAGCAGCUGUCGCACCAUCCCCCCAUCUCUGCCUUUCAUGUCUGCAACAGGAAGGAUGGUUUCUGUAUCAGUGGAAGCAUCCUGGCCAAGUCCAAGUUCUAUGGUAACUCUCUCUCAGCUAUUCUAGAUGGCAAAGCCAGACUUCUGUUCCUGAGCAGAGAUGAGGAGUAUGUCAUCACCAUGCCCUACGCUCACUGCAAAGGUAUCUUGUAUGGCACUAUGACGCUAGAGUUGGGAGGGAAAGUUACUGUCGAAUGUAAGAAGACGAAAUGUUUUGCAGAGCUGGAGUUCAAAUUAAAGCCAUUCCUCGCAUACUCCGGCUCGGUAAAUCAGAUCAGCGGGAAGAUUGUUAUGGGAGACGAAUUAAUGGCCACCAUAGAUGGACACUGGGACAGUGAGGUUUUUAUUCAAGAGAAGCACACCGGCCAGCAGGAAACUUUAUGGAACCCAACUCCAGACAUCCGCAGCAGGCGCCUCAAACGACAGGUGGUCCACCUAGACCAGCAGGGCGAGUUUGAGUCUGAAAGACUGUGGCAGCACGUGACCAGCGCCAUCCUGGAUCGGGACCAAGUGAGGGCGACACAGGAGAAGUUUGUCCUGGAGGAGGCUCAGCGGAGAGAAGCAAAGGAGAGAGGAGAGAGAUCCUGGAUCCCAAAACUCUUCCAGCAGGAUCCCGUCACCUCUGAGUGGACUUACAAGCACCUGGAUGCUCGGCCGUGGGACACUGAGGUUUGUCUCGUUCAGUUUGAGAAGGAUGGAAUGAUUCAGACGCAGGAGAAAAUCCAGAGGCAAGAAAAUGGGUUUUCUUACAGCCACAGCUGGACCAGCCAACACAAGGCGGAGAUAAAUGGAAAGCACAGGAAGGCCAGCAGCCAGCCGUCCACGUGCAGCCAGAACACUGAGAGCAGCAGCACCACACCAGAACCAACGCAUGAGUCCUCUGAUAAUGAAGGUGAGGGCUUUUCAACCCAGUGUCCCCUCUGCAGUAAGGAGGUGAAGGACAUUGCUCUCAUUGAGGCCUCCAUCACAUCCAUCAAGAAGACGCAGCAAGAUAUUCAAAGGAACCUGGUGGCUCUGGGUCAUCAGCUGUCUCUGCAGAGGGCCACAGGUGACAGCAUGUCCUUAACCGGCCGCCACUGCCUCAUCCUCUGCGUUCUGCUCCUCUCCCAGCUCCUUCUCAACUACGUCUUCACCUGAGCCAGCUCCUACGGGGAGAAGUUUCCCUCCAGCGCCGGUCUGGCUUUAAAGCUUCCAUAAAAGCACACAGACUCUGAUCAAGCAGAUGGAGACCUCAGAUUAGCGCUUGGAGGGAAGCUUUCUCCUUUGUGUCCUUCGUAAGAGGAGGAGCACGGACUUAAUAGCAAUAAACACAGCCACAGCAACCGCCUGUCAGUCACCUGCAUAGAGGAACGGCACCUCCUGGUGUAGCCAGACUGAAACAGCACCGGCACCAACGCACUUUGGACAGGAAAGGGAAAUUACGAGCACCGCUAGAAAGAUUAAAAAUGUGCAUAAUUUUGAUAAAAGAAAUGAUAGAAAGGAUGUUUUCACCAUUCCUUCAUGUCGUUUUGCAAUAUAUUUCCCUGCAAUACUGUUCAUCUGUGAGCGUGCCUCUGUAUGUGUGUUGUUUAUAUCAUCACUAGGCCCUAUGGGCACAAGGGACUUCUCCUGCAUCCCUUCCACUCCAGACGUUGGGCCUUAACAAUGAAGCCAAAAAGAGGAAAAGUACUGGAAAUAAUUAACAAAUGAAGAAAGAAUGUCUUCAAACUGUGCAAUUGUCUUUUUUUGUAUCAAUGUUCACUCAAAUACACUCUGUCUCAUCUUUUUAAUGAUAAUGAUUUUACCAAAACAGUAUUUAUAAUCUGAAAGGACAAAGAGUACUUGUUUACAGGGAGAACUAGAUGUGCUCUCUGUGACGCAUCGGAAGAAACUAAGGAUAACUGGAGUGAGGCAGGGCAGAGCCAGAGUGUCUUUAUAUUCGUGUGCCUGCUUUAUCUGAAGGGGUCGUUGGUUUUGACCACUAAACUAGUGCGUACAAUCAGUCACAGUUUGUGAAGGAAGGAACACAGGGAAACAUGAGUAUAUGAACCUAAGAGAAGGGACUUCUGUGUGCGUCUUGGUCGACACCACCUUCAAGUGACUGUCUUAGAUGUAAACACUGAGUAAAAAAAUAAGGAGUUUUCACUUUUAAUCAGUUUGUAUAUAUUUGUCUUGCCGUAAAUUUUAAAGAGGUUUGAGAAUGUAUUUAUUAGGGGAUUGGCCGUGUCUUCACUAAUUCAGGACAAAGGACCUGGAACAACAAUCACUCCUCGGGGGUUCGUCAGUUCGUUCAGUUGUGUGCUUGAGUGUGAUUGAGCCAGGAAGUCUUAAUAAAACAAAUACAGCUAUGAUAGUGAAUCUGAGUGGUUAGGUUCGGAGUUAUGUUCUGAUCAACAGUACUCUGCAGAGAACCAACAGCACAACAAUAAAAGUUCUAUGAAUGCUUGGAUUAACACCUUAAA